AUGCACCGACUUCUCCUCGCCCCCCCGCGACGCGCCGUGUGUCCCCCCGUCGCGUUCCGUCGCCCUCGUACGGCAUCCACCACCACCGCCUGCGUCUCGUCUCUCUCAUCCCGUGCCAACGACUCUACCAGUGCGUCUGUAGCCUCCACGCAACGCCCACACGUGCAGCUCAGUCUCACGCCCGCCGAAGACGCUCUGUUUUCGUUUCUCGAGUACAUUCAGCGCCGGUAUACGCCUGCGACGCAGCUGCGCGUGGCUGGCGGGUGGGUCCGCGACAAACUCCGCGGCGCCGCGAGCGCAGACAUUGACAUUGCGCUCACGGACAUCAAAGGCACGACGUUUGCACAGCAUAUCUUGAGCUUCCAGCGCGCUCGGAAGCUGCGCGUGAGCCCUAUUGGCAUUGUCAAGGCGAACUCGGAAAAGGCCAAGCACUUGGAGGUGGCGAGCGUGACGAUUGACGACACGACGGUGGACUUUGUGCACCUCCGAGCUGAAGCCUAUGCCGAGACGAGUCGCGUGCCGCUCGUGACGUUCGCUACACCCGCUGCAGACGCGUGUCGAAGGGACUUGACGAUCAACGCGCUGUUUUACAACCUCCAUACGCGCGAGGUGGAGGACUUUACGGGCCAAGGCGUGCCGGACUUGCUGGAGCACCGGAUCAUUCGGACGCCCAACGACCCCGUGCAGACGUUUCUCGACGAUCCACUGCGUGUGUUGAGGGCCCUGCGAUUUGCCUGUGACUUUGGCUUUGCACUGGAUACGGCACUGGAAAAGGCGGUGCUGGAGCAGCGAGAGAUUGUUGCGGCCAUGCGACGCAAAGUCAGCCGCGAACGCAUUGGCAUCGAAGUGCGCAAGAUGCUCUCGGGCAAAGACCCGGCGCGGGGAUUCGAUCUGCUGCGCCAGUUUGAGCUGCUCGAGCUCGUGUUUAGCGGCGGAGUCGGUGCAAUGAACGAGCGACUACCUGUCGAUGGAAAUGCAGGGAACAAAGACGACGAGCGCAAGUUUUUGCCUCGCCAGUGGACCGCGUCGAUGAAAGAUCGGGCGUCGCAUUACCUUUCGUACUUGCAGCACAGUCGCUUGGCGCUGGCCAACUGCGAGAUCUCCAACGUCGAGUCUACUGCUGCCAUUUUGACGCCACUUUUCGUGCCCGAACUGCCCCGCGUUGAUCUUGAUACCUGCUGGAAGAAAGACGUACCUCUGCACGACGAGUUGCGUGGCACCACCGAGCAGGACAUUGUAGAGAGCUCGCUCGAGUUUCUCGAUCGCAGGGACGCGAUUGCUUCGACAAUUGACUUUACCGAAAUUGUAGAGAUGCUAAAAGUGCAAGUAAAGUGGCCAAAGCCAGCAGGAAAGCGUGUGGCUUUGAUCGUUGAAGCGGUGGCGACGUAUCCGACACGUGAGUUGCCAGUCGCAUCGUUCCAAGCAGAUCAUGAGACCCGUGACUGCUUGGAUAGUGCAAGACUGAAGCACUGUGUUCAGCAGUUCAUGUGGAUGACGCAGUAUCACUCGGUGAUUGCACCUGCACUGACAAUCUUAGCAUCGGAUUGCAGCUAUGAUAAGCAGGAUAAGGAAACAGCGAGUCUCGACGAGCAGCAGCAAUCAGCGCUGAAGACGUAUCUUGAGAUGGCGAAUUCGUAUGCUCAGAGUGGGGGACAAGUGGACAAAUCGAGUCAAUGUCGACGGAUUGAUGGCAAGACUGUGCAAGUCCGACUUGGACGAGGCGCUAAGCGUGGAAUCGCACAAGCUCUUCGGGUUUUGCACGUAUGGGAAAAGGUACAUCCGAGUGCAAGUCUUGACGACGAGUUGGCGUUUCUCGAUCGGUUAGCGCCUUUGCUGUGCGCUUGA